UCUAAAUUAUGGUACUAGGGACUCGCUCCAAAAGAGUAUGAGGCGAAAAAAGAAGAGGUGGCAGUUGGAAUCAUACAGAGGCUAGAAAAAAAACUGUUUCCUGGGCUCAGUUCAUCUAUUACGUUUAAGGAGGUGGGCACACCAAGAACACACAGGCGAUAUCUUGCUCGGGAUAAGGGAACUUACGGGCCAAUGCCAAGAGGAACACCAAAAGGUUUACUAGGCAUGCCGUUUAACACAACUGCUAUAGAUGGUUUGUACUGCGUUGGGGAUAGUUGUUUUCCUGGUCAGGGAGUUAUAGCUGUGGCUUUCUCAGGAGUGAUGUGUGCUCAUCGUGUAGCUGCUGACAUUGGGCUUGAGAGAAAAUCAAAGGUACUUGAUGCUGGUCUUCUUGGUUUACUUGGUUGGCUAAGGACACUCGCAUAGUUCUAAGGGUAAAAGGGACAAAGCUAGUGACGAUCAGUGGGAGUGUUCCUCAAGUCCAUGAGAACGGCUUUACUAUGAACAAUCUUUUUAUUUUUGUGGUUUAGGACCAAGAAAAGUUGCACAUAGAUAAGAAAAAAAAAUACAUUUUGUCUUUCUCUGCAAUCUGCAUACACUGAUAGUAUAAAUCAAAUU